AUGGAGCAGGUCAAGAUCCAUGCUAAACAUGCACAACAAGCGUCCUUACUGGCGGAGGCUCAAACCGAACCGCUCAUGUGGAGACCUGCGCUCUCGACUAUGAAAUGUGAAAAAGUUCUCGAGUGUUCACGUCGAUUACUGAACAACAACACGCUUCUAUUUAAGCUGGUGCGGUGGUUCAAUUUCCGCGUCGAACACAACCGAGUUCAGCUUAAUAGUGUCGACAUUCGAGACACAGAGGCUUCACUUGACAGCAAGAGCACAAGUGCAAAGUGGCAGCUCGCCACGAGCCAAUUCCAGACUGUAGUGACCGAUUUGUUCAAGACGUUGGAGAUGCUCUUUAGCGAUGCGUUGCUGUACUCGGAGCCGGACCAGACCUCCAUCUUCAUGCAGAUGAAAGAGGUCUUCCGCUUGGCAGACAAGGACUGUAGCGGCGAGAUCGACGCGGCCGAAGUGGCAGACAUGCUGGAGACCAUCUUCGCCCAGUCUGGCGCGGUCAAGCAAGGCGAGAUCCACAAAUACGUCGAGGAAUUCAUGCGUGUGGUGGACAAGGAUAACAGCGGCUUGGUGUCGUUCGAAGAGCUCGUCGAGGCGCUGGAGAACGGCCUCAAGCUCGAGGUGGAGCGAGAUUGA